CGCCUGCCAAAUACAUAAGAUGACCAAUGCCCCCCAUGUCCGCCUGUGAGCUGAUUCAAUUCCCAGCACCUUUACCAUCUGGUUUUGCAUCUGAGCAGCAAUUCCGAGUUGGCGUUCACACGAGAAGACAUGACGGCACCGAAAUGUACCCGAUGUGAAGGAACAGGCGAGAAAGGAGGCUUUAAAUGUUCGUGGUGUGACGGCUCUGGAGACGAACCUGCUACAACUUGAUACUGGUGCCUUUGAUGGGAGUCUUGAAUUGAAUCCAUUUUCAAACAGUGCAU